AUGUUGGUGAAAGUACGAUGGAAUUUCGCCACUGGCGAAUGGCCAGUUGGCGAAGUUCCGGUAACCCCAGCUGAACAAGAACAAAUUGGUCGUUGUGCUGAGCAUUUUUUUUACCGGUAUUUAGAAGGGCUGUAUGAUGCUGAUAUAACACCAACAAAUAACUGGAGAUCAUCUACACGUUUAUCGGUAUUUCCAAACUUUCGUCAAAAUGUUGAUGAUUCAGCUGAAUACGAUUUUUUCAUCAAAGACACUCAUCAAAUGUUUGUACAAGGAAUUGGAGGCAAUAUUUUGACACUUUUUAUUGAAGUUAAAGGCAUUAAAGACAAGUACAAUAGAAAAACUACGACGUUUCAUACAUCUAAUAGCGAAUUACAAGUCUGUACCAGUAUUGCUAUGAAUGACAAGCGAAAGGAAAAAGAAGCUUAUCUGGUUGUCAUAGUCGAAAAUUCAUUGAAUCCUUCGAUAAUAGAUAUAAGACCCGUUAUCGUCUGGAGUGAAGACAUGAAUAUUUUAUGUGAGCCUGAUAGUUUUAUUUGUCGACUUGAAAAUAAAAAUGAUACCAGAAAAUCAAUAAAGUUUAAUGAACUGGACGACCAAUGGUCACGUCUGCACAGUUCCUGUAUGCACAAUGAAACUAAAGCUGAAGAUUGUAGAAAAACGGAAAUAAGAAUCAGUCAAGACGUUCGAUAUAGUCCACUGGAGCCUUAUUCAAGACAUUCUUCAAAUAAUGCUGCUACAGUCCGGAAUCAGCAGUCGCAAAGAAACACAUACAUAUCCGAUACACUGAACAGGACUGAGAAUUCAAACUAUGAACAACAACAAGCGCAACGCUAUGUACCUCCUAUCGAUCAGUCCUCACAAGAUACUUUUAUUCAACCAAUUCGUGGGCGAGGAAGAGGUCGUGGUAGAGGGGUUAUUAAUAAAACACAUUUCAGGAAUACAUAA